UUCAACUCCUUUUUCACCUCGUGUACUUUAACUUAGUAAUUACUUUACAAGAAGAAGCUCGUAGAAAAACACUCCUGAGCAGCUGAAGUCUCACCAGAUUGUCUUAAAGAUUGCAGAAGAAGGUUUGCCGCCAUGCGAGGUGUGCUGGGAAGGUUUGGUGUCGGGAGAUCAUCAUCAGUGUGCGUGGUCUCUGUGGCUACUGUUUUCGCAUUUGUCCUUGCCGUGCUCUUUGUGUUCUAUCCGAAACAUGUUGGUGAAAUCAGCAUUAAAGUGCUGGUCUUUUCCAAGGAACAUAGCCCUGCCGUUGCUCGUAAGCUACUGCAAUCACCUGAUGGAGGUGACGUGAACCGUGUUGGCACAGCAUGCUCAAAGGACGACAUAGUUGUCUUUCAAGGCCCGACAGCCCCACUGCCGAACGGAAUUCCAGCAUACACGGUUCAGAUUCUGAAUGUCUGCGUGUCUGGUUGCAGCAUCUCCAACAUUCACAUCAGUUGUGGGUGGUUCAGCUCGGUUCGGUUGAUAAAUCCAAGGGUGUUCAGGCGAAUGUACUACGAUGACUGCCUUGUCAACGACGGGGAGGCUCUUGGUCCUGGACAAAGCCUCUCCUUCCAGUAUGCUAACACUUUCCCUUACCGUCUAAAAGUUGCCUCGGUUACUUGUAGCUGAAGCACAAAGGCACCGCCAAAAUCAUCCCAAUCCAAUAGUACCUACUUUAUAUAUAGUCUAUGAUAUCAUAUUAUAUAUAUGUAGAUAACAAAAAAGAUCGAGGACUCAGCUGUAUUAGACCUGAAUUGUAUUGCUGUUGAAGCAUGCACCAAGGCAUCAUUAUUUAUAUAUAUCUUUUGUGACA